UAGAGCAGCGUAUCAUCUGCAUAACGACGAUACGCGGCAAAAACACAAAGUCUCACCAAGUGUUUUUARUCUGAUUUCAGGUGAAAAAUUCUUGACACACUACAAGUAACUAAUUGGURAGAUAUAGGAACUUAUUCUGGUYCUGCUCUGCAUCCCCWGAACCAAACAGCAUUCAGCUUCUAUGCACCGUAAAUCUGCAACAAACRUACAGAAAACUGCAAAACAGCUGAAACACUGAGUUCCUUUGAAUCUGGACUAAAAACCCAGCAGUUUAAAGUCCCAAUAAAUGAAMCCAACAUUUUGAUGACUUUUGGYUAAAAGUAAUGCUUCAGUUGUUGAUGACUUUAUAUUGUUGUGUAUUUAUGAUGUAAAUACGUUUUAACCACCUUGUUGCUACACACACGAUCUUGAUUGAUUUAAGCCAAUUAUCUUGGCUUAAAUCAAGAUAAUUGGCUCUGGUACUCAUCUGGUACUUUUUCGAUGGAAAAAGUACCAGAUCCAGUGACAGAUUAUUGAAAAAAAUGUUAAAAGUUAAUCACAUAUGGCAGCAGAACCAGCACUUAAUUACUUAAUUAUAAUUAAUAACUGAACACAAGCUCCUAAAUCUUGAUGAAAACGUACUCGUUAGUUUUGUCUUAUUUCAAGUGAUCUAGAAAGUUGACUGAAGUACUUGGUAACUUAGUAAGUAUUUUUUCUUGCCUUGUUACUUGUUAUAAUCUGAGCCACUGUGUAGAUAUUAAAUAGGAGGGGCCCRAAGGUGAAACCUUGUGGUACACCGGAUGUAAUCCAUCCCUCUUCUUCAGUGUUUCUAWACCUUCACCUCUGCAUACGACGCAGGAUGGAUCUGGACUUCCAGACUCUCCUGACCAGAUAUUUGCUAAAUUCUUGGUGAAAAAUAAUAAAAACGUCCAAAAAAAAUCCACAUUUCAUCCACGGUUCCACGUCACGACAGAGAAACUUUCUGAAAUCGGGCCUCAGAGCCCGCCGGUCAAAUUUGAAUUCUUCAUACCGCAAAGCUUAAGACACAACAGAAAAACACAGCGAGGCUAAACAGAGCGACGGCGAGAAGAGAGGAUGGGGGAGGGCGGAAGAAACAGAGAGAGAAAGGAAGAGAGACGCUUUUAGAGCUUCAGGUCUAAAAGUGGAGGACUGAGAGACGCCGCAGAGGAAGGAGCUUAAAAGAAAAAGGAACAAAAUAACUUGAAUAAAAGGGAAACUGCUGCUGCUUUGCUGAUGAUCACAGCUUCUUGUUGUAAAAAGACAAAACAAUCAAGUGUGGGAGACGGUUUGAAUCAAGAUGAUGAAGCUGCUGUUUCAGCUCUGCUUCCUGGCUCUAGCAACUUCUGCUGUUUCAGAAAAACUACCUACGACGAUACGUCCUGCACCUCCAGUUCCAGAAACUUCGAAUCCCUCACAACUAAAUGGCACGAAAACGACCGUGAAUGUAAAUAAAAAUGCCACAGAUCAUUUUARUGCUUCGACACCUAAGAUGGACAUUAACAGAACCACGGAGGAGACGAAGAACACAUCGACGCCAACUCCAUCACCCACAACGCGUCAGAGCCCAACCUCACCUUCAGUAACCACGCAGGAAGAACAAGCCAGCGAAGGGUCAACCUCUGCAGCGACUACGGCGUCCGCAGCAGUGGCGGCAGGCGGUUCAUCUUGGGCUUACAUCCUGCUGGUGUUGAUCAUCAUCGUGAUCAUCGCUCUGAGUGUCAUCCUCUACAUGCUCCGCAGGGCGUCCAGGACGUACUCGUUUGACCUCCAGCGCCCUCCGGCCUCCAGCAGUGCUUACGAACCAACUGGCACCUUCGGUCAGGUCUACCUGGACGACCUCGACCAACCGGCUAACAAAGAUGUGAUCUCUGAUGAUCUCUCCACCACACCGGUACCCAACGGCACCGGCCCACAACCGGAGGAGAACGCAGACGUGGAAGAGAACGCUCUUCAGGAUCCCCCAGAGGCUAACGACCCGCAGAGAUCUUCGUCCCCCUCCUCUUCCUCCUCCAGCAGCAGCUCGUUAUCAGGAGGCGACCAGGCAGAGAAGAAAUCCAACCAGAUGAGCAGCAACAACUUGUUCUUCGAUGCAGUCGAGGAGCCGCAGCAACAGAACGGAAACAACAACAAUCCAUCGGUUUGCUCCAGCGGCCCAUUUGUGGAAAUAAACCUGGACGAUCCGGCCUGGUCCGAUCAGCUCCUAACUCCUCCACCGACCUCCUCGGUCCUCCCCUUCUCUUCUUUCUCCUUCUCCUCUUCCUCCUCUUCUUCAUAGCACCCAAACAUUCACACAGAAGCAGAGACUGAAUGUCCUUCCCACCAGAAUCAGCAGAAGGUCUUUACAGAUUUCUCUCUUUUUUCGUCAAAGUGCCUCCCUGCUUACUUGAAACGUCAACAAGCUAAACACGAAGCUAACCCAAAGUUAGCCUGAACUAUUUUGAUGAUGAAAUGCUAUUUUUUUUCUCAAGUGAUUUUAUUCGUUUUUUUAUAGACUAUUAAAAAAAAUCCAGAAAAACUG